AAUCGCAUCUUAGCACCUCGUACAGUUGCCUCCAGAGCAAAAUUUCCACUCGGAUUAAAUUCCUUGAAUACCUGUUAAGCGGUUAUACACCGGUCCGAUUCCCUAUCUGUGCUACCAGCCGUGCUACAAGCACAAGCGCGGCUGCGCUUUCCGUUCGUAGCUUGCCGACAGCGUUCCAUUCGCUUGAACACGUAUAACGUCCCAAGAAAUAUAAUAUUUCGGCGUUCAAAGGCAGAGAUGGCAAAAGCAGCGUGGCUGCUGAUGGCAGUCCUUGUUGUUGCGGUUGCACAUGCGGCGCGGCCUAUGCAGCGAAAUGCAAUUGAAGAGCAGGACACUAACGACAUUGCUAUGCUCGGCGCUGGCAAAAAGGGCAAGAGCCCCUACCACACCCCACAUGACCUUUUCAUCCAGGAGCGCGCCUCCAAGCAGCUCCCCGGCCCCGGACAGCACUUCUCCUUCGGCGCGCUGGUGGGCUGGGACCGCAUACACGGCAUGAUGGACAGCAUGCCGGACUCCAAGCUGCUGCUGCUGGUGCGCCACGGCCAGGCCGUGAGCAACUUCCUGUCCGACUCGCUGGGCCCCGACGAGUGGUUCAAGUGGGAGACCAAAUGCGGAUACACGGACAGCAACGGAACCAAGUGGGGCAUCUUCGACGCGGACCUGACGGACCUGGGAGUGGCGGAGGCUGACUCGCUGAACUCCAUGCUGCGAGAUGGCGGCUGGUUCAACACCCUCACAGCCGGCAAGCCCGCACGAGCCAUCGUCAGCCCUCUCACUCGGUGCCUGCGUACGGCCAGUGUGGUGCUGGAGGGGCUGCCCCUCACCGCCACCAACGUGGAGGAGAACGUGCGGGAGACGCUGGGGGAGGAUACCUGCGAUGCGCGCAGGGCCGCCUCCGAUCCCGAGCAUGCAGAGGAGGCGGAGGCCGAGGAGGAGGAGGCGGGAGUGGGUGGCUCCCUGGAGCCCGUGUGCCGCUUCAAGAAGGGGCUGAGGUCCCGCUUCCCGCAGUACUCCUUCCCCAUCACCCCACCCAAGGCCAGGAGCAGCCAGGGGGAGGAUGGGGAGCAGGAGGGCUACGAGCGGUCUACGCGGUCAGGGUUCGGGUUGUUGGCGGACGAGGACCCCCUGUGGACCGAGAAGCGAGAGACGCAGGCGCAUCAGGUCAAGCGCGCUCGCAGCUUCCUGGCCGACCUGUGGGCCCACGCGCCGGAGCGGGUGGUGGUGGUUGUGACGCACUCGGGCUUCACUCGCUCGGUGCUGCUGGCGGUGGGGCGCGAGCCGUACCGCCCGCAGAACACGGAGCUG